AUGGCAGGCGAGUAUGCUGGGGAAGCUGGAAGAAGUUUCGGCGAUGAUUUGUCUGGGAAUUUAAAUCGCACUGGUUCAUGUGAUUACGAUGCUGAUUUUGGGUUGUCACAUAUGGAUAGCUUUUCAUCUAGUGAUAAAGAAAAUGCAAAGCCAGGGAGGAAAAGUGUUUUGGAUGAUGCAUUGUUUCAGUUUUUUCGCAAAGAGGCUAUCAAAUCUCUCAAGAGGGACUUUUCCAAGUUCUGCGAAGAGUCUGUCUUAUUCUCUAAGAACAAACGGUUGAAAGAGCAUUCUAUUGGCAGAGAAUCAUUUACUUCAUAUUCCAUUAAGUACUUCUGUGACAUUUCGAAAUCAUUGACUUUUCGUCGUAAGGAGGUCAUAAGGAAUUUUGGUUUUGGUCAUCUUUUGUUGCUUGAGAAAUGUGAGAUUCCUUCUCCGUUUGUUCGUUGGAUCUGUUCUCGUGUUGACCAUGUCUCCCAUCAGAUAAUUGUAAAUGAUUCCAAGAUUAUCUCAAUCUCCAAGGAUUCAGUUCAUUUUGUUACUGGUUUGCCAAACUCUGGGUCUGUCCCUAUGCCUGAUAGUGAUGGUGGUGCCAAGUUCAUUUUGAAAUUAUUUGGACUGUCGGAGAUGCCUCACAUCACUUUCUUUGGCAACAAGCUAAAGUCUCAAGAUGUUUUGACUGACACUGAAGUUUUUGUUUCUUUUGAUGUGUGUGCCCUUGUUUUUGAACAUCUUAUCUCUGGAGUAUAUAAAUACAACAAGUCUUGUAAAUUGAAAGGAAGGAAGCCAAAGGUUUUUGAGUUCUGCUACUAUAUUCUUGCUGUGUAUUAUCUUGAUUCUUUGGAUUUUGGGGCUAGAAUUAUUGAUCAAAGUGUUCCGAGGAUUUCUGUCUGGAAUGGUAAUCUGGUAAAAUUCUUCUCUGAUUUAGACCGUACAAAGAAUAAUAUAUUUGGGAAGAGACAUCUGAGGAAAAACCUAUCGUCUUGCUAUACUGAGGGUGAGGUGCAAGAUGUUUCGAAAUGUGUUAAGGAUGCUCCCCACAUGUGUUCCGAAAUAUCUUGUUUUUCUUUGGCUUUCAAGAACAGCUUGCACUUGAGAUUUGGUAGUACACUUGAGGGCAAGAUUAUAGAUGGCAUAAUCGAUUCAUUUCAAUCUGCAAUUACUUCGAAACAUCCUCCCGUAUGCAAAUCUGAGGGCGCUGCAUCUCUAGACAGCAACAAGCAAAUCAAAAGUCCAGAAGUUGUGAUGACUAAGACAGCUGAGGCUUCCACUGUCAGUACAGCUCCUACAAUGCUUCCUCCGAAAAAGGUUAUGUCAAGGUUCCCGCAUUUAGUGCACAAUGAUCAGUUUUUGCUAUCGUCGAAAAACUAUCCCACUGGAGUGAAAGAUUCUUCAGCAUUUGUUAUUCAUGGUAGCAAUAAUGACAACAGCAAUGUCCAGCAAUCUAUAUCUUUUGGAGGUUUUGUGGUCGACAACAAUAUCACAUCUCCUAUUUCGAAGAUUAAUUUUUCGCAAGCUUUUGUUGAGCAGGAUGUGUCUGCAUUUCUGAUGCCUCAAGGAGGUACGAUAAACAAGAAUAGUAAUAGAAGCAGCACUAUAAGUGGAUCUAAAGGGGCUCCUAUUCUUGUACAUGAGAAUUCUCCGAAAGAUAUUUUGAAAUCUUCAAAAGUUUCUAAUGGAUCAAAUGAUUUCCGCGCGAGACAAGUUCAGCUUGCUAGUGAAAGUGAUGAGUUGUAUAACAAGUUCAUAAAGAAAGAUGAUCGAGCAGCCUAUAAUUAA